CUGUUAGGCACAGACAUUCACAUCUCCUGGAGAUCUGUCAGUGGCUCACCUCACUCUCUUUUAGCUCUGACUAUCAGUCUGUGGACAGGAUGAGGUGCACCAUGAUCUUUCUCGUGUUGUCGCUGGUCGUCCUCAUGGCUGAACCUGGGGAGUGUAUUAUGAAACACCUUCGAAAUUUAUGGAACGGGGCCAAGGCCAUAUACAAUGGUGCCAAGGCGGGAUGGACAGAGUUUAAAAACAGCCUCCCCGCUGAGGAGACGGCUCCAGGGCCUGGAUCGAACCAGAAGAGUCCUCCAGCAGGAGGAAAAACCAAAGGCUAAACCUUGUUAAAGCUGAAGUUAUACAGCAAUGCAGUUUUUAAGCUGUAUAGUUUAGCGGGUGGAGGGAAAUGCAUUGUCCUAUAGACUUCUACAGUUUAGUGCUUUGCAACGGAUAAUAAACCUGAAACAGAUAUCAGGUUGCUGAAGCAAAGAAGAAAA